GCCGAUGUCACUUGUCAUGGGCGUGAGUUCCAGUUGAUUUGGCCGACCAAUUGCUUACCGAGAGCGAGGCUUUAUGUUCUCACCACUCUCGCCUACUUCGUAAAUUGAACCCCUCAUGUGGGUAGCUUAUGAGUAGUCAUUCCAGAGCACUGGUUGGUACCCGUAUCCGGGUGCUGCCUUUGGCCGCCACCCUUGACGAUAUGGCUUGUGCUCGGCCCCUGUCUCCGGGACCGAAGCGACGGGUCGGGGACGUGACGGCUGGAUAUACCCCGAGCGACCACCCCAAUCCGUCAUCCAGCCUACACAUGCAGCAGACCGCUCCAAAUCCCACCCUUAUUCCUUCCAUGGGAGCCAAUUAUGCCCAUCCUCAGCCGAAGGAAUUCACCCCACGUGCGUGGUGGGACCGUUCCAUGGCUUCAAACGUCAACAUGCAGGCCGAAUUUCGCUGCCAUUCCAGUUUGGCCACACGGCGGCUCGGUUGUCCGGUAUAUCGCAUGUCGUCUUGUCGUCAUCCGUUACCCGUCCGAACGAAUAGACAGCACGUCGCAACUGGUUCAAGCACUCUUCCUUUUACUGGCCUUGUUACCGGCUCGCCUCUUGUAGACAAAAGCCGGGAGUCCGGAAGAAGCCGUUUCGAUCGGGAAGGGCGUGAAGAUGGCUCAUUCGUACACCGCCGAUGACCGUCCGCGAUAGAGCGGCAGCCGGUAGGCGGCAGGUGCAAUCCUUAGUUGCCAAUGUCCCUUGCGCGAAGGAUCAAAUAUUCCAUGCCGUCAACUGCUAAGAAAAAUCCUCCAAAACGCUACGCAAAAAUGCCCGAAAAUAUGAGGAAUUGAGUUCACUGCUACCCGAGUUCCCCGAAGCUCUCUCAAUCUCCACCAAAAGCAAACACGAGCUGGGACCGCGGAAGGUUACGCUUGUUCCGUGCCCCGUUCCCCACCCGAGCCGACUUGUCGCUUGACCGAACUGAGCCGCUCUCGAACCAUGGCGCUAGACCUUCCCCCGUACCCCCACCUC